CUUCUGCGUUCCCUCGCGACGAAAUGGCUCCGAAUACGACGUCUUUCUCCGCCCGCUUCGGCCAAUCAUUUGCCCCCGCCGCCCUCCGCUCCUACCUCGCCGAGUUCAUCUCCACUUUCCUCUUCGUUCUCGCCGUCGUCGGCUCCUCUAUGGCUUCCAGGAAAAUAACGCCGGACGCAACGUCAGAUCCGUCGAGCCUGGUGGCAGUCGCGGUGGCCGCCGCCUUCGCACUGUCUUCGACGGUGUACAUCGCGGCAAAUGUCUCUGGCGGUCACGUGAACCCAGCCGUCACCUUUGGGAUGGCCAUCGGUGGCCACAUUAGCAUUCCAACCGCCAUCUUUUACUGGGCUUCUCAGAUGCUGGGCUCAGUUGUGGCUUGCCUUUUACUCAGAGUCAUCACCGUCGGCCAGGAUGUUCCGAAUCAUGCAAUCGCGGUGGAUAUGACGGGUUUCGGAGCAUCCAUAUUAGAGGGUGUGCUCACAUUUGGUUUGGUCUACACCGUGUACGCUGCGGGCGACCCGAGGCGGGGUGCGUUGGGGGCCAUUGGGCCUUUGGCGAUCGGGCUCAUGGCAGGGGCCAAUGUGUUGGCAGCCGGGCCGUUCACGGGCGGGUCAAUGAACCCGGCAUGCUCAUUCGGGGCCGCGCUGGUUGCGGGUCGGUUCAAGAACCAGGCAGUAUAUUGGGUCGGACCCUUGAUUGGGGCGGCGGUUGCUGCGCUUCUAUAUGACAAUGUGGUGUACCCGGCCCAGGCUCCGGAGUCGAUCAGGGGUAUUGCGGAUGGAGUUUAA